AUUCUCUCUGAGCAACGAAUACUGUACUCUAGUCUAUUAUUGACAUUUCUAGGGUAAAAUUUAUUGAAAUAUAUUAUAAUAAUUGAUUAAUUAAUUACCAAAUAAAGCUUAAUUAAUCAAUUAAAGUAUCUAUUAAAAACUUGAAUUUCCAUAGCCUAAUAACACUGGGGUUUUUUUUAUUUAGUAUUAUUUUAUAUAUUUAUUGGCAUACAUUAAAAUGUUGUAUAUAUUAGAGUCUAAAUCAGUGGGAAAAUCCAGGCAAAACUUUUGUUAAAAUUCUGUAGUCUAGUAAUAUUUAUUACAGAUAGCAAGCAGGCCAGAAGCACUUUUGUUAAGAAAUGUCUGACAUUAAAAUAGCAGAUAGAAUAAAAGGAACUGAAAAAAAUGUCUGGGUUGAAUUCACGGAAUUGGUUUCCCAAGAAAAUCCAGUAGAUUUGGGACGGGGUUUUCCUGAUUUUAAUCCUCCAGUUCACGUGAAGAAUGCUUUAAUAACAGCAGCCACAGAUGAUUCACCAUUUAUUCAUCAAUACGCUAGAGUUAAGGGACAUAAAAGAUUAGUUACAGCCUUAGCUGAAUUAUAUUCGCCAAUUAUCAAUCACAACAUUGAUUGGGCAACUGAAAUUCUUAUCACAAACGGUGCCUACGGAGCGCUUCAUACGACUAUUCAAGGAUUAAUAAAUCCAGGCGAUGAAGUGAUUAUUAUUGAACCAUUCUUUGAUUGUUAUUCGCCGAUGGUUAAAGUUGCGGGGGGAACACCUAUCUUUAUUCCAUUAAGAAAGACAGAAAAUACUGGAGAUGUUUUUAAAAGUAGUGAUUUUACUUUGGAUUAUAAUGAAUUUUCUUCAAAAAUUACAAAAAAAACGAAAGCCCUGAUAUUUAACAACCCAAAUAAUCCAAUUGGAAAGGUAUAUUCAUUAGAAGAAUGUCAACAAAUUGCGAAAUUAUGCAAAGAGAAUAAUAUUAUUGUGAUUUGCGAUGAAGUAUAUGAAUGGAUAACGUACGAUGAUAAAAAACAUAUUAAAAUGGCUUCUCUUCCGGAUAUGUUUAAUAGGACAUUGACACUAGGUAGUGCAGGAAAGUCAUUUUCUGUAACAGGAUGGAAAAUUGGUUGGAUCAUAGGACCUGUUCAUCUAAUGAAACCUUGUGUAGUUGUUCAUCAAAAUGUUACAAACUCUUGCUCAACACCAAUGCAAGAAGCGAUCGCUAUAGCUAUGGAAACAGACUUGGGAAAACUAAGGAGAGACGAUAGCGACUGCUAUUUCAAAUCUUUAGCCAAAGAGAUGCAACCUAAGAGAGAUUUGGCGGAAGAGUUUUUAAAAGAAACUGGAUUUCAUCCAGUCCGACCUGACGGUGGAUAUUUCAUUCUCGUUAAUUACACUGAUGUAAUGAAAAAAUCAUGUGUUACUCUCGAUAACUCCAAUGAGGCUAAUGACUAUAAAUUUAUUAAAUGGAUGAUACGAAAUAAAAAAAUAUCGGCUAUACCCGUUACUGUAUUUUAUAGCGAAGGGCAUAAGCACCUCGGACAGAAUUACAUUCGCUUCUGCUUUAUGAAGGUAAAAGAAAGUUUUCUAUAUAAAAAAAGAAGAUAAAACUAUAAAAAACACUUUACUUUUCCCAUAGUCAAAUGAAACACUUUCAAAGGCAAAAGAUCUAUUUAAAAAAUGGUAAAAAAAAACAUACAUUCAUUAAACUGUUCAAUAUUUCUUAUUAAUAACUUGAAUAAAUAUUUAAAACAAAAUAUGACUUUAAA